AUGGCGCCUGUCCAGGCGGCAGCCACUAUGCUGAACCCCAAGCCGCCUGCGUUCAUGCUCAGCACCAAAAUGGAGAGGCAUCAGAACUGCCCCAACCUUUUCAAUAAGCCCAAGUACCGCCGCCUCGUGUACCAGCAGACGGUGAAGCUCGACGGUUCCGCCAUGAGCAUUUACUUCGUCAACAAGGCCUCUCACCUUUACCACAGCUUGCCCUUGCUGAACUCCCGCGUCGCUCUCUUUUACUGCAAGACCUGCGUUUUCGAGAACGGUCGCGCCGGUAUUUGCAGCACCAACAAAGACAUCAUCUACAGCACCGAGUCCUUCGAGGCUUUCGUCAACACCGCCGUUGGUCUCGGCCUUCCGAAGCUUCUCGCGAAGCUGGAUCUCAACAUCGCCUUCCAGGGUGAACUUGUCGGCCACAACAUUUGCGGCAAUCCCUACGGCUACGCCGCUCCUAACGACAAGGCCAAUAGCAAGAUCGGCGACUGUGGCAACGGCUUUGACUUCUUCCUCCACUCCAUCGUCGACCUUCACACUGGCAAGAAGUGGAACCCCAAGGCCGUCUGCGAGUUUGCUGUCCAACACCAGAUUCGCCACGUUCCUCUCGAGGGUUACGUGCGAAUUCGCGAGAUCGCCAACAGCCACGACGAGCUCCAGGCCAUGGCUGAAGCCGCGUCCGGUGAGGGCUUCGUUUUCAAGUGCUUCGAGGACCAACGCUCAUUCAAGGUCCUGAGCACCAAGUGGAUUCUCGAGAAAGGCGAUGAGGUCCUCGCUCGUGGCGAGCGUCUGCGAGACCGCACUGCCCCCGUGGAGCAACCCCAUUCCAUUUUGCGCAUCGGCGGCACCCAGUCAGGGGAGGUUAGACUCCCCGCCCCAGUGACCUCUGCUGCUGUCAAGGCCAAGCAGAUCGCUGUUGCCAACGCCGUCGCUCCGCUUCCCGCGACCUCUGCUCACGUUCUGAAGCCUGAGGAGAAGAAGCCAGCUUCUGAGCCUAUCCCCCACGCGGCCCCAAAGACCUCUGACGCCACGAAGCCAGUCAUCGUCGCUCCAACCGUCCAGGCUCGGGCCGUCAGGGCUCAAGCCAUUCAGGCUCCAGCUGUCAAGGCUCCGGCCAUCAACGUUACCGUUCCCGCCGAAGAUGCCGCCAAGCGGGCAAGGAACGACGAGCUCUGGGCCGAGCUCACUCCCGGCAUGCAGCUAUUCGAGGCCUGGGCCUCUGGCAACGACUACCAGAACAUCAUCGACUACGUCAACGCCUGGAGGGCAAAGCACGUGGCCGACCAGGCUUUCAACGAGAUCUGCCAGAAGAAGAAGGCCGCCCUGGCUAAGAUCGCCGACGAGCAAAAGCAGCGCGCCAUGCCGCGCAAGUUCGCGAAGGAGCAGCAAGAGAAGGCUCCAGCCAACGAGGCCUGGCACCAGACUUUGGCCGUCAGCAACGACAUCCCGACGCCCGAGCCUUCUUUCAAUCUCGACUGUGCCGCUGAGGAGUCCGACAGCGAGGUUUCCGGCGUUGAUGAGGACCACGGGACGGAUGUGGCUGCCCCCGAGUCGACCACCACCGUCAUGGCUCCCAGCGUGAGCAUCACCAUGUCGCCCAAGCGCGCCCCAGUCAAGAAGACGGUCACUGUCUCCAAGGAGACCCUCAGCUGGCUCGGCUUCUAA